GGUAUAAAUAUGUACCAAAUACAAGAAACAUAGAAGGGUGUUGGGGCACCGAGAUGGUGUCGAUAGUGCGGAGAAGGUUCAGAAAUACUCUGGCAAGAAAGAGUUAGUGGAAGGAACCGUUGGUCUGGGUAGAGCUGGUGGGAAGAGAGGCCGGGGUGUCCGGGGCUGUGUGUGUGUGCGUGCGUGCGUGUGUGUUCCACGUCUGCGCGGACUAGGACAGACGUGACGCGUGCUGAGGCUGUUAGCUCCAGUGACGUGACGUGCUCUGACAGCAGACGCGACUCUCGGGUUCAGACGUUCAUUUAGGAAGACAUAUUUUCACUCACUCCUGUGUUUUCGCUGCCUGAAAAAUUGAUUUGGUGAUCACACUGAUGUGUGGAUCCGAGUUCGGCCGCCGCUGUUCAGUGGAAUAACUCUUACGCAGUGAUGAUUUUUGGUGGAGCGUUUUUGUUAAGGUUUUAUUUUCAUACAUUUAUUCUAAUCAAGCGCCGAUCAGUUUUGAUGCCGUAGUGUAUUGUCACCCUUGCUAACAAUCUGACGGUCUGACGUAUUAAUUGAUUUUUCUGAAUGAAAAGAUAAACAAUUAAUUGUUGAUUAAAUGGGCAUCGACUUCCUCUUCAUCUGAAGUUUCCUGGAUGCGUGGCUAUACACUAGUUACUAAAUCAAGACCAUUGAUAUUCCGUCUGCUUUCAAAUUGAGGUCAAGCUCUCUCCAGUGAUGGAUGAGAAUCUAUCAGUAGUGAUGUGAUGACCCACCCAGUCAGUGGAGAGUGAGAGAGUGAGAGUGAGACAUGGGAAACAGAGGAACUUCACUGACCACGACAUGGGGAGGGGUGCUGAUACUCACAUGUGCCUUACUGGGCUCUCUGGAAGGCGUCGUCGUCCUGAAGUACAGCCACUGUCUGAAGAACUACUACACGGCGCCCAGAUGUCAGGACCACCCUGACGGCUACGGCUGUGAGUGCGGACCGGGCUUCCACUGGAACACCCACAUGUGCAUGUCCUCCGCAAUAGAUUCACGAUUCGAAUUCAAGCCCGGAGAACCAAUCAGAUACACUCUUUUAUUGGGGAAGGCGUUCCCAAAGCUGGAGGCGUUCACUAUAACGUACUGGAUCAACAUCAACAGUUCUGAACAUCCAGGCACCAUCCUGUCCUACAAGGCCGGUGUUCGCACCAAUCUCCUGCGUAUGAACAGUGGGCCGUAUCUCAAUUUCGAGAUCUGGGGGCAGAAACAGGUCACAGACAUCCGGCUGAUCACCAAGAAGUGGUAUCACAUAGCUCUGACCUGGUCCAGGCAAGGAGGCGAGUGGGUACUGUAUAUCAACGGUUCGCCGACCCGCCAGGGCUACAUCACGGGGGACCAGACUGCCAUACCUUCUGGAGGGGAGUUUGUCCUGGGUCAAUGUUCAAGGCCGGACGUCAAGUUUGACAGUAGCUUUGCUCUGGACGGGGAUUUGUCACAUUUGAACAUAUGGAACUUUGUGAUGAAUCCCUCAGAGGAACAGAUAUGCAAUGGAAACAGUCUGCAUGCUCCAGUUACACCGGUGUUUCUUUUUUUUCUUACAGAAAUGGCCACAAGAUCUUGUAAAGAAAGUGAUAAUGACGGAGUGUGGCAGGAACCGUAUAUUGACGACUGCAUUUCUAAAGAACUUUUGGAUCUGAAGAAACAGUUUCUGGAGUUCAAACACGGCGCUAUCAAUGAGAUCAACGUGCUACAGCUGGCUGACCGCCUAUUGAAUCACACGCAGGAGAACGUCUACCUGAACCCCAUAGACAUCGCCACCGUCAUAGAUCUCCUCGGCAUGCUAGUGCAGACGCAGGGUGUUGCCCCUCGGACAGUGACGUGGCUGGCCCAGGGUCAGAUCUACGCCAGGACAGACGAAGUGUACCCGACCUUCCAGCAGACGGCCACUUUUUGUGAGCUCCUCAUCAACAUCGUGAACAACCUGCUGGCGCCCAGGAACGAGGCAGGCUGGAACGCCACUCGACCAUCUGGGGCGGAGGGCGACAGUCUUAUGCAGGUCAUGCACAACUUUGCUGACGUCAUCAGCCGCUCUCUGGACUACCACAUCAAGGACGGGCUGGUGGUUUUCAAGGCGGCGCAUCUGAAGGUCGUUCGGGAACAUGUUGGUAAGGGAUGUGUUUUUGUUGCUGAUAUCUUCGUCACAAUGGAUUAUUUUUCAGUGUUUGUCGGGAUAUCGACGUUCAGGUACAAGACCUUGGCACGUAUGCUUCCGACCCAAGAGAUAGGAGAUAUUCAGCGUAGCAAAGAGGACCGGGUGAACACGCCCAUAGUCGCACUGUACUUCCACAUGCAGCCUCUGGUGGAGGACACGACCAUCAAAAUUGGAAACCUGUCCUCUCCCAUCAUUGUCAACUUGCCAAUUUUAGAUUGCAAGCAGCUGAUUAAGCGCCCAAACCCUAACAAACUGACCAUUAUGAAAGAAAGUCUCGAUUGGCUUCCUUUAGAUCAGGAGUCAACAAUCACUAAACUGUCAGGGGGCCAGAGCAGGUCCAGGAGUUUCUGGGGGAAUAAUUAUUGUGACACUUUGUUUUUCCUUCCCAUUGCCAGGUGCUGGGUGGCGCCCGAUCACAUGUGGUUAUUUAUAGGCCCUGCGAUAGGCAUCAUGUCCAUCACCAUUUUAGUUUUGAUUUUCACUGCCAAAGAACACAACGAAAAUUCUUACACAAAGAGUGACAAAACAAAUAAAAUCAUAAAUAUUCACAUGAAAGCGCUGUGGACCCAGGUCAUCCUGGUGACCGUCUGCUGGGCUUUUGCCUUCAUCUCCAUCAAGAUGGUGGACACCAUCCUCAAGUACCUCUAUGCCAUGUUCACAUCCUUGCAGGGUGCAUUUUUUGUUGUCUUCUAUAUGUUUCUGCAUGAAGAGGUACGAGCCUGGAUAAAGAGCCGUCAGAAACGACGAGCGCUGCAGCUGCAUGGCUUUGACUACCAAGACGAUCACUCCUUGGACUCGUUUGCUUCCAACAGUCUCAUCGACAGGGACGUUGUGGACAGCAACAGCGGCGGCACCGGAGGUGGUGGAGGGAGAAGUGACAGCAUCAGUGUCAGCGUCACUGGCAGUACCACCGGCGGGAAAGGGGGCGGGGCUCCAGAGGGCGGGGUCUCCACUCUGGCAGGCAAAGAUACACGCCCACCGCGACUACGGGAGCUCGCCCGAAGACGUAAUCGCACGCGGAUCGAAGCCAGCAGUGACGAAGGAUCGGACUGUGAGAUGAUCUCCAGUGUUUGAUUCGGAAGAUCUGUUAAUAAUGAGUGAAUUUUUUGGACUCGAUUGUGUAGGCAUAAUAAUUAAAUGUUGGAAUACCUGUAUUUAUUACUAAUGAUGAUUGUAUGGAUAUUGAAUUACAUUAACGUAGUAUGUUUGAGUCCAUAAGACCAAAUUACCCAUUCCUGCCCUGACCGAAUAUGAUAUGAAUAUGAUAAUAAUGUUCAUUGUUUAUGAGCAUGCACUAUAUGAGUCUCUUUAGCCACGAGUAUGUACAUAAUAUAUCUGUAGUAAACGCAUGUAACUAUGUGUGAUUUCGAGAGUGUGUGCGUAUGUGUGUGUGUGUGUGUGUGUGUGUGUGUGUGUGUGUGUGUGUGUUUACAAGUGAGUGAUUGUUUCUGAAAGAGGGAGGAAGAGGCAGGGGGAGGCAGAGAGUCAAGAGACAGACCAUUUCAAUUGUAUCACUUUUUACAAGUUAUAGGGCAAGAUACGUGUGUAAAUAUCGAAAUGAUGACCAUCUCUUACAAUUUACUACCGAAGACCACAUAAGUGAUCAAAAUAAUAAUAUUAAUUGGUUUUCUACUGUUAUACAAGUAUGAAUAGCGAAAUGAAUUAACUUUUUACAGCAGACCAAUGUACUUUGCAUAUUUCUACACCAUUUACAAAAUGUAUUGUUAGUGUAAGUACUGAACUCUUACAUCGCGUAUUGUGUGUACGUGUGUGCACACUUGUACGUAUUUGUGUGUCUGUGUUUGUGUGAGAGAGAGAG